AUGCCUAAUAACUACCAAGAUGAUGGGGACGAAGUAGUGUUGGUACCAAUCAGAGUCAUCACGAUUGUAAGUUGUGAUGACCCAGGAGGACAUGGUAAAAAGACAAACCGGAAAUUAGUGAGUAGUGGCGUGAGGCAUGGGAAUACGGACGGACUGACCGAUGGGAGACCUGAUGCGAGUGGAGGUGGAUUGGGAUGUCACGAUGAUGGAGGGACGAUAACCAAUGACCCCCCUGAUGAGGGUAAAACGGAGGAUGAAACGAAGGGAGGGAUGGAGUUAAUGAUAGUAUACGUAGACGUCAUUGCAAAACUAAUACACUGCACAAUGAUGAUCAUUGUCAUGACGGUUCUGAUAACCAAUAGAGCUGUCUCGAAAUCUGAGUGUGCAGGAAUAAUGCGACGUAUUGGUAGCAUUAGCAGAAAGGCCGGUUGGUGCACAGAAGGAUGGAGGGAAAGAGAGUGCGAAAAGAGAACACAACAAAGGUUACAACCGACGAAGAUAUGUACCGACCACAUCAUUAUUAAAGCAAGCGUGAAAAAGGGAUGA